UGGUGGCUACUCUCCAUCUGUUCAAGACCCUAACGUCUGUCAGUGGAUCUAUUUGUUCUGUGCAUGAUUUAAAAUGUACAUGAGAGAUUCACGGUGAGGUAACCAUGUAAGAGGAGAUUUUUCACAACACACAGUACAGCACUCACAUUUAUUGUUCAUGCUUUGAAAGAACAUUUAUGUCCCUUGACAUCAUAUUGAUUUAUGAUGAGACCAUUUUCUGGAGCAGUCUGAACUAAUUAAUUUCUGCUUAACAUUUACAGAAUAAGCAGAAAAAUGAAACUUUCAAAAGCUUUUAAAGAGAAUGAACUUUUAGAUUUUACACAAGCAGGUUUCUUGCAGGGUCAUUAUUGACAACAUUCCUGCUUAGAUUACACGUCUGCACCAGGGGCCUAUUCUACGAAGCAAGAUUACUGCUUGGUGAGGUAACUCCGAGGGUAAGUUCGGGGUUUCCUGUUCUACGAGGCGGGUUCACUUCUUAGUGAGGCGAGUCUCCAUGGCAACGUACGCUGAACGGCUAACCUGCUCCGGAACAGGUUAGGUUCCAGAUUGAACCCACCGAGUAUAAAAACCCCGCCCACUGACCAAUGAGCUCUCUCAAAAAACGGCUUGUCUGUUCUUGGAGAAUCCUAUAGACCUCGGUGCUUGCAUUGUCCGAGGAGCACUCCGGCGCGCAAGAGUUUUCAGGGACCGCACGGACCCACUUACUUUUCUGGAUGACCACCUUUAUGAAAGGCUGAUAUGGCCAACAUAUCACACAAAAAAAGUAAACACGAUAGGAAUGAACAAAUGAAUGAAUUCAUCUUGGAAAUGAAUUAGACAUGUCUAGUGCAUGUUAAAAGCGCAUGUUGAACAGUGCUAUUUCAGGGUGAUAAUGGCAUCAAAGAUUUUUUGUGCACUAUACUUGCGCAUUGAGACUGUCUGCAAUUUUCUGCCAGCAUUCCUUCUGUGCUUUUGCAGCGGCAACGGUGUUGCUUUUGAGGUUUAUGAUAGAUUUGAAUUCUUCAUACUUUCUCAUGAUCAUCUCUUGCUCCUCGUUUGUAAAGUACGCUGUCCUUCGCUCUCCGGCCUGCUCUGAUGCUCCAGACUGGUCCAUGUUCCCGAUUGGUCAGAUGCGGCGGGCUCCGCCUUAUAUGCGUGCAUGCGCUCAUAGCAAAGGUGGAUCCACUUACAAGGGUGAUAACCAGCAUCGUAAGACCGUUUAGCGAGGCCGCUGGCUACCGCGCUAAGUUGCGCAAGGUAGCUCCAAGGCUACCUCGCUAGGUUGAACUUGCUUCGUAGAACAGGCUCCCGGUAGAACAUAAGGAAAACAAACAGAAACAGAUACAGCUUUUGCAUAGCCGCCCUUGUGCGUUUGGCAAUUCAGAUUAUGGGCAGUCUUUCACAGCUGUGAUUGAGCUAAUAUGUGAUGCAGAAAUAUUAAUUUCGAAUGGUGUGCUACACCAAAUGUUGAUCUACAAAAAAAAAAAAAAACAUAUACUCAGUGAUUCAGACAAAGAUUCAGAGAAUCUGCUUCAGUCUUUGACUGGCUCAAGUGGAAACUGCACUGCAGAGGCUCAAAACACUUCAAACACCACAGUCCCUGGACACUCGUUUUCCACUUCAUCCAAAAACGUAGCUUAAAACUGAAAAAUAUGUGUAUAAAAAGAAACAUCUGGAAAAGUAUCUCGAAACCAAUUUCAACAUGAAACAGUUAAAGGGAUAUUCAGGCGUAAGUUUAAGACAUGGUCAAACACACCGUUAGCUUUGCCUGAUUUCUUUAGCAAAGAGACUAAGCACAACUCACCUACUCUCUUCCAGCAGCUGCUUGUUUGUGGGGGAGCCCAGAAGAGUAAAUCACCGAGUGCAGCGGAGUUUCAAAGCUUAAGGAAGAACAUUUAUGAUCAUUACUUCAUGGAAAUGCAGUUUCUUUAGCAAAGAGACUAAACACAACUCACCCACUUUCCUCUAGCAGCUGCUUAUUUUUGGGGGAGCCCUGACGAGUCAAUCAACAAGUGCAGCUGAGUUUCGCAGCUCAAGGAGGAACAUUUAUGAUCAUUAUUUCAUGGAAAUCAAUCAAACUGAGAUGCUGAGGCAGAAGAACUACCAUGUCUACAGUGCAAUAGUGCAAUUAUGCAUGUCUGCAUACAUUUUUCGCUGCUCUUGGUGAUUGACUCAUCAGGGCUUCCCAACAAACAAGCGGCUUCUGGACAAGAGUGGGUGAGUUGUGUUGAAACCACGCAAAGCGAAAAAGGACGUUUGAAAAAAACUGUACCAUGCAAAGAUCAAACCAUACCCAUGAUAUGCUACACUAUUUUCAACUUAAUACAGAGUCUAAAUUAUUAGCAUUAGCAUUAUUAGCAUUAUUUUUAAUCUUUAUUAAAAACGUUCCCAAACGUUUGAAUUGGUUAUGUUCAUAGCUGUUUUGUACUCCUGAUUCUUUUUGAUGAGUAUUUAAAGUGACUGUUAUUUCUCAACACCACACCGUUGCUAUGAAUACAGCUUAAAUCACCGUCCUUGUGCAGUAUAAAGUUUGGUUAAUUAGUUUGCAUAUUGUGGGAAAAACCUUAUCCAACACAAAAAAUACACAGUAGAGGGUGGAACAGGUAAAAGGUGCCGAAACAAAGACUAUAUUAAUACUUAAUAGAGCACAGUAGAGUUUGUUUGUGAUUGAUACUGUUAUUGCCUUCAUUUGUUAUCAUGGACUGCAACAGUUUUGUUUAACAGUCUGUGUUUCUGCAUUUGAAGUUAAUGACACACAUGGGAGUGUUUAGUUAAGGUGCUCACAUUUGUCUUUUAUUAGUAAAACACUUUGGUAUACUUUUGUUGAAUGAAAAGGGCUGCACAACUAAAGACUCAUUGAUCUAUUGAUAGCCAGGACUGAGUUUUAUGAGCACCAUUCAGAUAUCAGGAUGAUAUGAGCAUGUCACGGCUCCAAGCAAAACAUCCGUGACUUUAUUCUGUUGUAUUAGAAAGUAAAAUCGCUCGCCUUGGUGUCGUGCUGGCUCUGCUCACAUGUGCCUGAGAAACAGAGGUGAUGGUUUAGUCUUUGUGGUUUCUGGUUCUGACAGAAAUCUGUUUCUAAUCAGAAACUUUCUUUCAAUGAAGAAAGCAGACUCCUCCUGCUCUGGGAUCAUGCCUGUUUUACUGUUGAGCAACCAGUGGUCUGCAGAAGAAAAAGAAAAGAAAAGACAACAGGACCUACAUUGCUGUUUGCUGAUUGCUGUAAAAUAAAUGUUUUCUUUAUUUUACAUACAGACAGUCGGCUGCCUUCUUUGUACCUCUGUCUAGCUGGCCUGGUGGCCCUUUCUCCUUCCACUGAGAUGUCCUCUUAUCUGCAGAGCAACUUUAAAAUGUCCUCUGACUUCUCUGACUGUACAACACUGAAGUCUGAGGAGUAUUUACAGACAUUAAUAAACAUCCUUCUUCAGCAGUGAAAAGCCCCUUUCUUUUACUGUCCGCAUGUGUGCGAGACCCCUUGAUUGACACAAGAAACCCCUUGAAACCCUCAACUGCAAAUUUGGGGGUCCCUUUUAACUACUUAAAGUGUUCUCAAUGGUCUUUAAAUUGUGAUUAUGAAGUUUUUAGGCUAAGUCACAUUACCUGUGUCAUUUUCAAGAGCUUUUCUUCUGCAGAGCUUCAGUAGCUUAUUAGCAAUUCACCUCUGAGUCAUGGGCAGAGCCAGCACUGCUCUGCCCACUCCUCUUCAUGCUAGCUUGCAGCCUAACAUCGCAGGUGUAGUAGAAGUGGCAGGUUACAAAGGAGCUAUUCAGCUCUCAGACACUGAUGUCUUCAGGGACACAAUGAAAGAUAAUAUUAUAAUUAGCUUUCUUACGAGCAUUGCGAUCUGCUAACACACAUGCUUGUUCCGCGAUCAUCCUCUCUAUUUCUCCAAGUCUGGCCUGCAUAGCGAGGCACUGGGGACGGAGCUUGCAGUUGUGACGCAGGAAAUCUCAUAGUGUCUGAGCCUGCUGUUUGGGUCUGAAACAAGACAACAAGAAAAACAUGAUAUUCAUCAGAGUGGGUCUUUGAGAAGCAUUUGCAACAUUGUCUGCCUUUCUGCAACAGCCUGUCUUCACCUCUGUUUGUGGACCUAAACUGACCUCCUCUGGACUUAUUUGACCCGCUGCCGUUUGUGAGAUCCUGGGUCAAAGCAGGGCAUCGUCUCUUUUGCUUUUGGAUAACGGCGAAAAGAGGCCGAGCCAAGGCCUCUUUGGUCCACUCUUGCUGAAGGUAAGAAAAGAAAAAUCUAAACUCAGACUUAACUGACUGGCUAUGAUAGACCUGCUGUGCUUCAUAUUAAAAAACAUUUCUUCAUAUGUUGCUUGGCUGGGGUCAUAUGUGAACGUAUGCAUUUGUAUAUGUGAGCGUGCACGGCGCCCAAGUGUCCUAUUUGGUCACAGAGCAGAAUUCUUCUGAGGUCCAGCAGCCGUGUGCAACUUUGUCAAUAAUGAUGCUGUUUAAUCUGCAUGUAUGCGUUAUUUAUGGUCCUGUAUACUACAUGUUAUGUGAGACUUCAGCCUGAUCCGGGUGCACUAGUUAGGGCGGACCCCCCUGAUUGUGGCCGGGUAUUUCACACACUGACUAUCAGCAAAAUCUACUUUGAGACUGUUCAGUGCAGCUGUGGUUCAAUGAAAACAUCAGCAGAUUAACUGUUCCUUCUGGAUAAAUCUGUUAAAUCUUAUUGCUUCACUGGCACUGAACAAACUGGUAAAGCCUGUUUUUUGUUAUUAUCUGUCACCUUUGCUUCUUUUAGAGUUGGGUAAAGGCAAAGCCAGCCUAAGCCUCAAUGGGGCCCUAAGCAAAUUUGAUUUUGGGGCUCUCUAUUUCUGCCAAUGAUAUUGAUUGUUGAUCAUUCACACACCUUCACAAAUCUCUUUAUUAACAUUCCAUGACAUGCAAACAUACCUUUAUCUUGGCAUUUUUUCUCCUCUUCCUCUGUCUUCCUCUUUCUGUUCUCUGCUCCUGAAGGAUGUGUCCUUUUUUGUGACAUUGUUUUGCCCCGCUUUGAAUGCUCAGUGCACAUUGUUUUUACUGUAUUUCAUUAAAAAAAAUAUAUGUAUUUGAUCAUACAGAAAGCAUCACUCAAACAUGCAAAAAAUAAUACAUAUUUAAUUUUUUUUGAUUGUUCUUGGGGCCCCCUGUUGGUCGCAGGGCCCUAAGCAGGCGCUAAGUUCGCUUACGCCUUGGGCCGGCUCUGGGUUAAGGUUAUCCUUGAAUCAAUAAAUGACAUGUUCAGGCAUGAAAUAAAUGUAGUUUUUCAUACAACAAUGAUUUAUGUAUUCUGAAAAACUCACCAACUGCCCGAUGAUAACCGAACUAGCUGUUACUACUCCAAUCUUAGUGUUUUUUUCUGACUUCUGGUUCAACAUAUCUCAUUGGCCUCGGUAAAAGCCUAAUUCUCAUGACAAGUAUAAACAUCUUACCAAGACUACAGAGAAUAAGUCUUCCAUCAGCCCCUCACCAAAUUGUCUUCCUAUCUUCAGUGGUAUUAAGAAGUGGCCUUCUGCACUCUGCAUUCAAGGUUUUUUGUGCAUCUUUCUACAUGCAAACUGAGUCUUAGGUUUUUGUGAAGUGUUUUGCAAACGCAGCUUAAGUUGUGUUUCUGCUAUAAAAACUUUUUGGAUAAUGUGGACAUACUUGUACUUGGUAAUUGCAAAUUUUGUGGCUGAUGGUCUUUAUUUUAUUGGUCAUUUAUUGACAUCAUGACCAAUGUGGGAGGAAAUUUUGGAGGGAAAUGUGUAAUUUUGUUUGACAGUAGGAAGUAAAACUAACCGAUAACUUUUACGAAGCUGCACAAUCACAUGGUAAAAACAAAAGAUGACUUUGGUCUUGCUUUUCUACACUGUCUUUUUUUUUUUACAAAAGGGAUAUAAUUCAAUGUUCUGUUUUGUGCUUAAUGAUAAUUAAACUUCUUAAUAUUUUGGUCCAGAAAUAGCUUGUCUCAUCUUAGCAGAUUUUCUCAUGCCUCUUUAUUUUUAGACAGUUGCACUUUGCAUGAAUGAAUGAACUGUAGUGCUCGCUUCUGACCAGAUAGGGGCACUACAGUCACCACAGUUUCAGCUUGGACGCUGCAGUUAUGAAUAUUAUCAAAUAAUUUAAAAUCAGACUUUAAAUGUCAUCUCAUCUCAAGGUAACAAGGACAAUGUAUUCCUUCUCCUCCUCCUGGUCUAUUCACCCUGUUCACUUUUUCCUCUUUUCAAACACCCUUUCCUCUUCUCUUGUUGCCGUUAUUUUCCAAUGUCGUCUCUUCAGGCUCUCUCAGGUACAUUUGCCAUUUCUUUGAGGUGUUUCUCCCUUUGGCAGGUAGAACAGGUGAACCUGUUCACACAUACCUGCGCACUUGCAUAACGCUCCUCCACCUGUUGCCUGUGGGGCAUUUUAAAAAUGGCUAUUAAAAAAAAUUGAAGGGUGAUCUAACUUGUCUCUUUGGAUAAAAUGUUUCCUAUGGCCCUUAGGUACUUCCAUACCAAAGGAACAGUAAAUCUCAGUUUAGGGGGAGGGGUGGGGGGGGUAAGUUACCCUGUCAAAACGUACAUUUUUUCAUGAAAUUAGCAUAUUUUACCUUCCACUAUCAUGGCAAUUAAUGAUGCAAUGUUUUUUUUUGCAUUGAAACCUAUUUAAUUGAAUUCCUAGACCCCAAAAAUGUGCACUUUGACACCAAUAUUAUUAUUAUAGCUCCAACAGAAGAAAAGAUAUGGGGUCUGGUGUAUUAGCGGUUUAUUGUCGGCAGCAAUUUUUAAAAUGGCUAUUAAAAAAAAUUUAAGGGUGAUCUAACUUGUCUCUUUGGAUAAAAUGUUUUCUAUGACCCUAAGGUACUUCCAUACCAAAGGGGACAUUUGUAUCAUGACUUGAAGUAAAAUGUGUCUUAGGGCCCCCACUACUUUAAAGCUAUCCACUACCUCUGGGUUGUGGUUUUGGACCACACUGGUGUAGCCGUGCAGUAUUCAGGUGAAUAAGAAAUUCAAAAGUCAAGAUCGCUGAUUUCAUCUGAAUUGCUACUGGUUGUUACACCCCACCCAAAAGUGGCCCUUUGGGGCUAGCAACCAUCCACAUUUUGUCCCAUUAAAGUAACAGACAAAAACCUUUAAAAGUUUAUCAAAGGUGUUCUUAAACCAAGACAACAAAUGAAAUUAUCAACCAAGAUUAACGAAAGAACAACAUACAGCCGAAACACAGCAUACAGCCAUAACACUGUUGCAAUGGACGAAAAUAUUGGAAUUUUAAACAUGCCAUUAAAAAGCUUUUUAUUAUAACUAUUGAAUUUUAUUAAUUAAUCAGGAUUAAAGAAUGUAAUAAUUUGACAGCCUCAAAGUAAGACUAUAUCUUCAUUAUUACAAUGCAGCGGACAGAACCCAUGCAAGUUAACAUUUGGCCAAAACUCUAGUGUAGUGUUCCUGGGAGUUGAACAUGGUUAAAUGUUUCAUCAGCAGUGUUACUGUAUGUCUGUGUUAAAUAAACAAACUUCACAUUGUAAUUUCCUUAUCACUUACAGACAGGAAAAUGUCUGCACCAAGACAACAACAGUCUUACAGGCUAUUUCCAGCUCUUUAAGCUUCACCAUGCUUGCAGACUUGAGCACUUUGGGAAUGCAUUCUUUGGCCUUUGGUCACAUGACCUCAAAUGUGUGUUUACAUGGACUGAAGUGUCCCUGUUAUGAGCCUCAUCCCAUUUUUGGUCAUGUUCAGGACAUGGAGUUUUUGUGCACAUAUGAAACCUGUUUACUUGUAACCUUGUAUAAAUCAUAAAUACCUUGAACUGAUUUCUGUUUCUUCUUUGCACCUGUUUUAUUUUAUAACAACAAAAUCUGCAGUAAAAUCUGGAAGAAAUGAGACCACUAGGGCUUACUGCAGGCUGAGCACUGUUUAAUGGCAACAUCAACCCCCCUACUCCUUCCUGUUCACCACAGUUUUCAACAGGUCCGAAUGUAAAUGCUUUCCCCCACUUUAAAAUUCUGAUUAUAAUUUGCAAUUAUUAAGUUAAGGAAAAAUAAAAACCAAGUUUCUUUGUUGCUGUCACCAUAUUUGUUUGGCUGAUGUGUCCCCCCAUCUGAGGAGUUGUUAGAAAACCAGGGUUAAGCAUAUACAUGCCACAGUAUCCUGCAUUUUUUUCAUAAUUCUCCAGGUGGCAAAAUUAGAUUUCUUAAAACCGGGAAAACAGGUUUGUCUUGGUUUCUGUAAUCAGGAUAUGAUGUUUACAUACACUUCAAAAUCCUGAGUGCAUGUAAACACACUGAUUUAGGAUGUUGUGAAGACAGUUGGGUGUCCUUGCAAGUUGGAUAUGAAUGCUGAAAGGGUUUUUUUGUCUGUUGAUUACCAAGGUGAAAGUGUUUGGAUAAGUUGAGAGGGAGAUGAGAAAGUGUGGCUUCAAUCAUGUGUCAUGCAUGAUUUUUGGUUGGGAUGCAGCAACCACUAAAAAUGAAUAAAAAGAAAAACUUCUCAGAGGCUGAUAACACAGAGGUACGUUAUUCUGAAUAAGACAAAAUUCAGUUGUUGAAAUCAUGUUGAAAAUAUGAUUGGAGGGUAAACAACUUCAAAAGUCUCAGGGCUUUACUUUUGUGCCUGCUGGCGGCGCGGUGGACGUUGGUGCACCCCGCACAGUGGUAUUUUCAUCUGGCGGAGCCCGGCGCACAGCCAGUUUGGUAUUUUCAUAGACUGAGGUGCACCGAGGUCCGCCAAGCUGGGCGUGGUGGUGCAGUAGUGGGAGGUAUUAAGUGCGCUGAAAGCUCGCCGAUUCAAACCUGGUCAGCUUUCAGCGCAGGCGGAGCACAGCUGGUCUAGAGGUAUUUUGGUAGACCUGCGCAUACAUCACAGAUGCCUCACAAGCAGGUUUCCACAGUGUCAGGCACAUUUCAGUGCAACAAAUAAUCAACAACAACUAAUAUUAAGUGCAACUAUCUGAGUCAUCUAUAUCAAUAUAUUCUGAUCUGUAUCUUGUCUGAUUAGCGCAUUUGGAACACGUUUGGACACUCAACCUGACUGAAUUAACAAAGUUGAAACCGCAUUAAAUUAAAUAUCCAGUAAACAGACACACAUUAUAAAGUUAACAAGAUAUUAAAUCCGUCUCCCCCCUUUUUCUCCUUCUUCCUCGUGCAGCUCGACUGGACAUGUCUCUGUGUCCUCUCCCCAUCCUGCUGCUGUGGCGGCAAGGCUGACCAGAUGAUUUAUUUUAGUGAACAGAUGAGUUAUUUACUUCGAAAAUUUGAACAAAAAGAUAAAGGAAACUUUCAUUCAAAAUAACCUGUUUAUCUGAUGUUCUCAGAUCCUUAAAAUUCUGUGAAUAUUCAAUCCCGAGUUAGGCAUACAUACAAAUAUUAUAAUAUUUAGUUGUUUGAGCCAAGUUCAUUUUAUAUGCCAACAUCAAUGAAAGAAAGCCAGGCCACAGAGAGCGAUGCAUCCUUUACGCACAUGUGGUUCCGAUUCAGGUCACUGCCGGCGAGGCACAAAAAUAGAGCCCUAAACGUUAAAGAUGAUGUUGUACAUUUAUUUAAGACUAUAUUGACAUAAACUAUCGACGUGAUACUGACAUCUAAAAAAAGGGCCACAAUGAGAAAAUGAUCCUCUUAUGUAGAAUGUACUGAUGUGUGAUUGCAGGGUUCAUCACUUGAGUGUUAGAGCUGGUAAGAAUGGAGCUCACUUUAAUCAUUUUUACUUUAGAGCUUGUGAUCUUUUUUGGUUUAUCUUAAAACAUGCAGUAUCAAAUUGUGUAAAAACAGCUUUAUUUCUUUUUGGUAAGUGGAGAAUUAGAGGCAUACAGCAAAGUGAAAUGCUAAUGUAUUUGUUCCUUAAAAUGUACUUAAAUAUAUUUGAGAAGUACUUAUUUCAUUCUAUGUAAUUAUUUUAAAGAUUUGUUUCCAGUUGAAAUGACUGUUUCAGAGCUGUGAUAUGACACACAAAAGCAACAAAAACACACUUUGGCAAUUAUAACGAUACAAAGGAUUUGACAAAUAUUACUCCCCUGUCUUUUAAUUUCAUUGAAAAGUAAUAAUAAAUAAUAAUUAUUAAUAUAUAAUAUUAAUAAUAAAUAUAUUUUUAACUCUUCUAUUCAGAGGGGUAGGCGGCAGUUGAUGAGCCUGAAAUUUCUGUAAGUAAUUAAUGUCAAAGUAAAACUGAAACAGUUUGAUUAAUCACAUGGAUACUAUUUAUUUCUGGAAACAAUGUGAGGUCUCUGUCAGACGGUCACCUUACCUUCACUAAUUUAUGGACCAUAAAUUAGUUGAUCAUGCUCAUGAAUGUCUCAGCAUCAUAGGUACCAUCUCAUUUAACCUUAUAUUUAUCAAGAAGUCCCCACAGUAAAAAAAAAAGGACUUCGGAGUCAUAAUUAGCACAUUUCUAAGUAAGCUAGUGUAAAACAUUUGAUACUAGUGGAUUCAUGAUGAUUUCCAGAUUCAAAUGGUAUCAGUGACUUAGUUCAAGCUUGGGCUGGAUAAUACCAUAUAAACACAAUGUAUUUGAUGUCAAGUAUAAUUAUUUAUCAUUCUGGAGCCUCAAAAGUAGUGAAGUAUAUCAAGAAAUAAGGAGAAAACCAAAUUUAAUGUUACGGCCUAAAAGAAAGCUAAAUAUGUCUGAAAGGAAACAUUCCAGGGUUUAGUUUGUUUGUAGUAGAUUGUUUUUAUCCUGCUGUGAAAAUAUUACAUUUACUUUAACUUUUUUGCUUACUCCUGAUUCAGAGAUUGUGAAACAGAGUCGUAGGAACCGUGGUUUAUUUAAUCUGUUAUAUGAGUUUUAUUUUGUUAAGUCAUGGUCAAACUCACCAUUAGCGUAAAAAGUUUACCUACUCAUCAAUUAACGAACUUACUGGAAAAGGCUCUAACAUGAUUAACAAGCUCUUAAUGUGGAACAUGUCUGGAUCAGGUGACAGGCUGUAAGAAGCUCAGUCCUCCUACUGCAGCACCUGAGCCCCACAGUCUAUUCCCAGUCUCUGCAGCACCUAUUUCCAGCUCUGGCCUUAAUCUGAGGGUUUAUGUCGGCCUGUGUUGACAAAGAAAUGCUCCUCAAAUAGCAUGCCUCCGUGCAAGCUUAACACGGUUUUAUAGUUUUAUAGUUAGCUGUGUGAGUCUGCCAGUUGAGCGGCGUCUGAGGAAACAGUGUAACUGGGGGAGACAGGGUGGGGAGCUCCUGUGGACACGAGGACCUCUGUUAAUGCAAAUAUAUGCCAUUUAUUUCUUAAAAGUCCAACUGUGUCCAGAAAAUGAGGAGAAAUAUUUUAAAUGUAACUUCACUGCAUUAAUGACCGGGUAUAUUUUCAUAUUACUUUUGACCACAUGAAGUGUGUGUGGGUUUGAAUAAUAUCAUGAACCUUCAGAGGUUCUCAUUUCACAGUCAAACCCUUAAAUUUAAGCCACACUGAGGACUUCUGUCCACCUAAUGGUCACACUUAAUUUUUCAUCAUGGCGCUUUACAUUCCUGAUCUGCUGUAAGAAUUCCUGACUUACAUUAUUUCCUGGAAGUGUACCAUUAAAGGUUGGAGACUUGUAUGAAAUUCAGAACAAGGGAUGAGCUGAGAGUGACGUUUAUGAUCCUUUGGGUGAGGGAUUUUAUCAGGAGGUUUCUACAUGGAAAAGUGAGUCAGUUUUUCCUUGGAUCUGACUCAAAUAUGCCUGAAAUACUUUUUCUUCAGGAACCUUUACAACGUCACAUUUCCUGCCAUAUCAUGAUACAUGAUCAUGUGAAGUGAUCAUGUCAUGAAAACUCUGCUAAUCUCCUUUGAGGAGGGGGGGUUGUAUUCCAACAAAGAGCUGCUUGUGCAGAUAAAUGACAAACAGCAUGUUUAGAUAAACCAAAAUGAGGGUAAUUUUUACAAAGAGACAGCACUGAACAAAUGUGGCUGUCUUCUGAUUUUAUUGGCAGUACUAGCAGUGAGGCCUAAAAAGCUCUUCUCAGUGAUUUAUUAUUUCCAUGUGUGGUUUAGACUCCCAUGUGCGACUCUUCAGCUCCUAGUCUAGAGAGAUCUGGUCUGAUGCAAGUGUCACGCAAGAGGCGCCUAACAUCUGUCUAUUUCUCUGUCAGCUGUUCGGGGGUCAUUUUUUUUUCAAAGAUUUCUGGUGUCUCACUGUUGAAGAAUUGUUGUUUACUUGCUAUAUUUUGACACCUCUCUGGUAUAUUUGUACUAUAGGAGUGUCACAGUAAAUAUGAAUGUUGGGAAAAUGUUGUUUUUCAUUUGAUUAAAAAAGAUAAAUGAAGUGUUUCAGACAGGUGAUGGUAUGAGAGUUUUCAAAGACGCCAUUCUGAUUUGAUGAAUGAAUAUUUGUUUGUUGUAAAUCAUGUAAAACUUUCACAAAGCCAUAAAAGGAGAAUAAAACUCCUGAAUAUGAGGAUGAUACUCUGUCUUUAAUGUUAGUUUAAAUUAUUACCUGGCUUUCAUGCUAAUCACAAGCCUUUGUUAAAAACUUCUGAUCAGUCAAAAUCUCCUGAUAACCACUUGAAAACAAUGACUAAUUCUGCACAACAAGAGCAACACCACAGACAAGUAGAUCACUCACAUCCCACCACAACACCCAUGUACGGCGCAUUUCACUGCCGCCUGUUGACCCUGUCACAAAGACGCUUCAUAUGUAGGCAAAACACCAUGCAUGUUUAAAUCAAUCUCAGAUAAACACAAGCUACUUCUGCUUUCAUAAGAAAGAUGAGCGCCUAGUGAGAGUAAAGAAGUGAAGCAUCUUUUGUACAUUGUUAGAAAGAAAACAAGGGAGGACAAAGUUGUGACUUUAACCUCAUUUAGAUUUAAAGGUAUGUCAACUGAAAGGUAAAUUCACAUUCUUGAAGAAGACCUGUUCACUUAGUCUAACGUAAUCAUCAAUAGAAAUGGUCGGUUAAAUGUGAAUGAUAAGAAAUGAGCAGGUUAUGAUGUCUCACUCAUCUUUCAGAGUUCUCAGUUAAAUGAUUAAUAUCUUGGUAUGGUGACGUUUAAUUGAACUGUUUGAUGUGUGUUCCUACUGCAAGCAGAAUUAGAAUCAGUUGCCAUGGUAGUGCUACUAACCGUGGAAUCAGUGGGUAAAUCUGUACAUAUACUCACUUUCAGGGCUGACCUCACAAUGAGGGCAUGGUAUCAGCUGAAGGAUUAAAGAAGUAAAGCUGGAGGUAUCCCCACAAGUCAGACGGUGAUAUAAGAGUCCUUAAAGGACUAAAAAAGUAAUAGUCAUGUCUCUAAACUAAAUUUAUACUGUAUACCAGCUGCAACUGCAAGUCAAGAAAGAUGCUGACAAUUUUAAUUAAAAUUGACAGAAUGAAAAUAGACAUAGCCAAUCAGCCUCAUCUUUAACACUAAGGAUUCAGUUUUUUUAAACGAUUGUAAGGAUUUUCUGUAUAUCACUUUGUGCUACAGCUCAAUUUAUGAAAAGUGCUAUACAAAUAAAGUCUGAUUGAUUGAUUGAUUGAAAAUACUAAAGUGCGCAUAUGUUGUGUAUCACACUGUGUUUUUAAGAUUUAUCACGAGAGGGGUAUUUAUUCAUCUGUUUAUUUAUUUUUUUGUGGCAUUUGCUGCUUUAGAAAAAAAAAUCUUCAAAAAACUGUCAAUUUGUCAUCCCCUUUGUGCAAAUGUCAUGGUAAUAAGCAACAGAUAUUUAGGCAUCUUAGACCGUAUCCACCCUCAGUUUGGUGAAAGACACUUUUCUUACUCAUGCUGGUUAAUGUGACUGGAGAGAUUUUUUCCCCUAGCUAAGUCCCGCCAACUGAAAAAUUUAGUGUCACUGUGUUUAUUGAUCAAGUCUCACCCUGAAGUGACUCUAAUUUCCAUAUCUGCCCAUUCAUGAUGCGUCCUUUACCUGUAUGGAGACUGAUAGGAAUCUGUUGCCAUAGAAGCGUUUCUGGCUAUAAAAUUGAGGCUGUAUAAUUAAAUCAUUUUAAAAUCACCAAAACCAUCUUCAACCAAUAUAUUGUGGAGACUUGUUUAAGUCUUUAGUUGGUAACCAAAUAAUAUAUGGACUAAUAUUAAGUAUAUGGAUGGUCAUUCACAUUAGAGUCCCUUCCUUUACAUGUAGUGGUUAUGCUCACAAUACCAUGGUUCGUAUUAGCAUAACCACCUUAUUACCCAAUUGAAGUUUCCAUAAUACACCCACUCCUUCAGCUGGAGUAGAAAAUAUUAUUGAGGUUAAUUUAAAGGCCAUUUUACUUGAGGACAUUUUGUAGUGGGGACACAAGGAAGUCAGAUGUGACUUUUAAGUAGUGACAGGUGAUUUAAAGGUCCCUCAAGUUUCAUGAUGGAACCCUUCAGUAGAAGUUUACCAAGGGUUGAGGUGGUUUUAGAACAGGCCUGAUAAUUCUGUGUUAAAGUUCAUUCAAGCAGGUCUUGGUUAAAACUCAAUCAGUCCUCUCAUUCAUUUAGAUGAGGUCAGACUGGCAACUCAGGAAGGACACUAAAGACAGGAGGGAAAAAAAGAAAAACCAGGUCAAAUUAGCUGCCCAAAACUGCAAUAUCAUCCAGCAAGUCACUGCACUGACAGGCAGUCAGCAUGCGAACCAACAUUCCUGGUGGAUUAGUUUGGAUGUGGGGUUUUGGGAUUUAGUAACACCCAUGAUUUCUGGAGAAAGCUCUCAAAGAGUAAGACUCCAGGUUUUGUUAGAGGAGUGACUUACUGUAAAUCUGUGGUUCAUUUUGGACCAGUUCCAAAACACAUCUGAAAACAUGAAUGUGCGUAGGUCAUAAUGUUUAUUGCACAAAUGACAGAAGGUGUGUGAAGAAAAGCAGAGUGGUGUAUUGUACUCAAAACUAAUUUCUCAUGUAACUUCUCCUCUAAUACCCACAAGCCAAAGUUGGAUUUUUGUUGUAAAAUCUAGACAAAACCCAGGGUUUUGUAAAUUUCGGCACCGGAUCAUCUAUAGUCACUUGUCCCUCAAAAUGUAGUGACAGUUUUAUGUCUGCAUCACUCCACCUCAGUUGUUGAAUAUCUUGUUUGUAUUUUGAGCCACUUCUCCAUAUCCCCCUCCCCGGUGUUUGUGUGCAACAGCUGGCCUCAGUGAUUCAGGGCUUUUUGGGGGCUUUGUAGGAAAGUGGCAACAUCCAACGUUGGUUAUACACAUGUUGGAAGCCUGAUUCAUACUUUUCUGUGUUCAGGAUCAAGUAAGAGGUGUUUGGUUUCUGAAUUUGAGUGUUGUCUGAUAUUAAAGCAUGGACUGCUAAAGUGGAGUCUCUCUUGUUAGGCUGUUCGGAGGCAGGACUCUUAACUGGACAGUCCAUCUAUAUCAAAUUCAGAAAUUGAAGUAUGAAACCACAAACUUCACUAAUCAAUACAAACAGAGUUCUCGCUGAAAAUCCCGCAGCCACAAGCUGUCUGGAUAAUGACAUUACUCUAUUGACAUAAACUCAUUCACUGCCUCAGUCACCCUCUGACCAUCUUGUUUCCCUCCACUUGGACAUCCCAACCCACUUUCACCAUUAUGGCACAGCUUCUCUCUGUGCUCUCAGGCUAUAAUUGGCUCUGUUAGCCUUGUCUGGCUAAUGCAUUAUAAAAGCUCCCUGGCUGGAUUUAUCCUGCAGCAGACCUUACAGAGUCACACCUCCAUGUCGCCACAGCAUGUUCUGUGCAUGCUGAGAGCUUCAGCAAAAGCACAGCUGACACCCACAGAUUGCUGGCAUCCUUGGUGAGAGAAAAGAGACUAAGAGGCGGGAGAGAGACUCAGUAAAGGAGUUUUUGUCAUAAAUCAAGCUAUCAUCAGGAGGUAUCACAGAGACGUUUAUAGGUAAGUCUGUGUUGGAAAUUCAGAUAGAUUAGGCCUGUUUUUACAAACAAAGCCUCAGCAACCAAUGUGGUUUCUCUUUGUCUGCUCAGCAUUGUUAGGCUGGAGGGAUUUUCUACAACAUGACGCUUCAUCUUCAUAAUGAAACUUAUCCCUGACAUUUUGCAGACAGCUCUGUGAACUGUAUUUCUUUGUUAUUUAAAUGUUUCUAUUCAGUAGGAGCUUUCUUAAAAACCCUCUGAGGUUGAAGGCAAUAUAUAUAUAUAUAUAUAUAUAUAUGUGUGUGUGUGUGUGUGUGUGUGUGUGUGUGUGUGUGUGUGUGUGUGUGUGUAAGGGCAGUCUGGUAAAUGUCUAUCAUCUAUCAUCUAUUUUACAUUUUUUAGAUGAAGUCCUAAAUAGCUUUUAUGUAACAAACCCAGAUGUAAAAAGGUACAAAAUUAGGUUUAAAUAUCUUGGUAUUCAUGCUGAAUUAAAUCUUUGACAGCAUUUUUGAGGGCACCUCCUAAAUGUGUUGUUCCUCACAGGAGCUUUAACUGGUGACCCCAAUUAUAACAUUUUUACUGUCUUUUAAUAGUUAGUGGUUUUAAUCCCUAUUCUUCCUUGGUAAAAGUAAAAUUUGUCUUCCCAUAGCGUGUCCAUUAUAUCUUCUAUGUUCUUGUUUUUAUUAACAGGAACAAUAACUUCUUUCAAUAAUAUAUUUAUUGUGUUAUAUGAUUGUAAAGUUUGGAUUAUAUCCCAUCUGUUAGAAUGGAGGAAUCAAGUUUUAGAUUGUAGCCAGUCGACAGGGGGAGCUUAAAGAGGUUUGGCUUCACUUUUGGGGAGCUGUGAUGUUGUCCAUUCAUUUGCAUAGUCUGGGAUUCAGCCUGAUUGGUUGGCGCAUUUAAAUUGCCAGUCAGAAAAUAAGCUUUGGUAAAGCUUUCAUACAAAUAAAUGAUGAAAAAAAAAACAAAAAACAUUUUAUCGUUUUACAAACAACAUUAAGCAAAUACACAGGACACACAAAGAGAAAGGAUUUUGAAAUGAAAUCAGAGGUUAGGCAAAAGAUUGUCAAAAACUUUGAGAAUAAUUGGGGAAUGAUUUAAGAGUCCAAGAGAUUAAAAAAGUUUAGUCUAGUACUCAACAAACUUCAUCAGAGCCUGUGUUUGGGACAGUAGACUGCUUUUUCCGAAAUUUGGAUCAUUGCCAUUCUUGGCUCUUCUGGUAAAAGGAGUCUCCCAAAAAAAAAAAAAGCACGGUUGACUCCUUUUACCAGAAGAGCCAAGAAUGGCAAUUAUCCAAAUUUGGGAAAAAGCAGUCUACUGUCCCAAACACAGGCUCUGGUGAAGUUUGUUGAGUAAUAGACUAAACUCUUUGUUCUCUUGAACUCUUAAAUCAUUUUUCUUUGACAUGUCAUCAUCAUGAUUCCCCCAAAUCAUGAUGAUGACAUGGCUUACAGCAACACAGGAUAUCCUUCUGAUAACACAAGGAGCCACUUUUAUGUUCACAUCACAAUAGCAGCAUUAAAUGACAUGUCUUUGUUUGCAGAAUGAAGGCUAGAUACCUCCUCUCCACCGUGAACAGACUUCCCACCAUCAGUGAGAUGCAGGAGAGCGACAUAGAGGAUGCAGACCUGGACUUCUCUUUGCACACCAUGGAGGAGUACGUAGACUCUAUCAAAGAGCUCUCUCAGCCAGCCCCAUACCCCCUCCAUGGGCCCCUUCGAGGUCAUCGCCGCUGGAUGGUACGGACAGGCUCUGUUGUUCCACCUGUGGCUCAACCCGUUUACCUGCUCCCUAAGAUGACCUGCGCCCCCUGGAUCCCAGUCGAGUUAUCAGAUGUGUCAUUCACUCUAAGAGACCAAUCAGUGUGUGGCUCCUCUCUGCGUUCUAACCAGAACCUUCUGGAUAAGUUGGUUGCACAAUCUCUAUUUGCUGGCCUGGUGUAAGCCUGAGAAGGAAUUAAACAAGUGAACAAAAGAACUUGAUGACUGGGUUACUCACCCCCCGAAGGCAAGCAUUGACUUCAGCUUCUUCUGAGAUUUAUGUCUGAGAGAAAUAAUCCAGUACAACCUCUUUCUGGGAGCAAUAUGCAUUUCGCUUAAGAGCUUAAAAAUAUAAAACCAAAGAUGAAAAGCGAAAAAUGUCAACAGUCAGAACAAACAAAUAGAGCAGGCUCAAAGCCUGAGAAUACUAUGAGGUUGUACUGGCCUCCUCAGUCAGCAGGGGGCCUCCUAACAAACCUAAACAGUGAAUUUUCUUUCCGCAUAUUAAUUGCUUGUUUUGAAAUUUUAGGAUGAAUCUCCAAAUUUUGUGUGCCAAGGCCAGACUACAUGAUCUUGAAGUCUUUUGAGACAAUUACUAUGUUUCAGUUGAGGCUGCAGAUUCAUGCCAUGACUGGCCUGACAGACAUGACUGAUGAAACAGCCAGAACAAUUAUAUGCACAAUGUAUUUGAGCCAUGGUUAUAGCUUAGUUUAGCGGUAUAACUGAACCACUGUCCUUGUCCAAGCAAUGACUCAGCAUGUUAGUGCGAUAACAAUAUAUACAAAUUAGUGUUAUUUCAGCGGAAGUAACGUGUUACCAUGUAUUUCAAAAGUUUAGUUUCAUUUGGACUUGUGCAAUAAAUAGAUAUUAUGGAUAUGUAAAUACACUGAGUGGUACCCUUCAGCAACCAGAAAGGCAAUCUUACUGGGUUGCUGCAGCGUGUGCAAUGUUUCGACAACCCAAUUUUCUUUUUGCAAUCUUAUAUUACUGUCCCUUGAUGACACAUUAUUAAGGCAUGGGGUACUGUUGCAAGACCUUGAUAAACUUUACCUGUAUUAUGUAGUUUCAUUUCAUAGCACGUAAUUCAUCAUUCUUUUUUUUGUGUACACAUGCAACUUCUGCAUGUGCAGAGCUCCAGUGGGGGAUUGUGAGGCGUUGCAUACAUGUCCUUGAUUGUUGUUAUCUACGACAUGCUGCAUGAGAGAAAACAAUCAAUCUUCAGGGCUUUUGCACACAUACGCUCCGUGUUUUUCAUCUGAAAUCAUGGCUAAUUUUAAAAGAAAUACUAUCUCAUGCUGUAUUAAUCUCAUUUGCUUACUCACUCUGAACAUGUCAUUUGUCAUAGAUUUUUUUUCCAAACAGAUUUUAUGCAUGUUUCGUGUCUAUCCCAUGCGCUCUUCCAGUGUGUAGUGAGUGGUUUCUAAAUAUGGACCAUAAUAGUGUUGUCUGAGAUGCAGAUGCUUAUGCACACUUUUCCAGCUGCCCGAUUUAAAUUAAUUGCAUGUGUGUGCCUGUGCUACAAACGUUCUCCUAGCCAUUAUUCAAUAUCAAUUACUUCAUAGAAAUUGCUGCUUUUUCAAUGUGUGGUUCCAGUACAACAAAAAGUAAUCAAACUAGAUCACUGACAUUCUGAACAUACUUGUAUGCGAUCAGGAUAGUUUAAUCUUACUGCUCCUUCAUCUGCAGGAGAACUCAUCUUUCUCUUGUCUUGGUUUUAGGGGAUGAUGGACACAGUGUUUUUUUUUUAUUUUUAUAAUGAGCGAAAGAUCUACAAAAUUAUCCACACAAGUUUUCCAAUAUGUAGGAAAGAUAUGCAUAAGGCUAACAGUGUAAGAUUUCUGUGAACAUAUCUAAAACAGCAUUGAGUGUGCAAAGACCUUACAUCUGCUAAAUCAGGCUAUGAUCAUACUUACAAUGUGUGAUCCAGUCUUGGUUAAAAGCACCUAAAAAGAACCAUGAUUUAAAGUACAUCUAAGUUGAUAAAUGUCUUCUCAAGUUUGGCUGGUAAAGCGUACAUCCUCAACUACUAGAUUCAAGUCCUCAUUCAGGGAAUACAGAUUAGAUUUGAAGCAAGAUCUUCUUAGUUUGUCCUCAUUUCUUGCCUGAUAACAGCUGUCUCUGUCAAAUAUAAGAAAAAAAAAAGAGAAAAUAUGAUAUUUUCUCUAGUCUUUCAGCUACCAAAGUUUUCUUUGUUGGAAAUCUUAGAGCACAUUGAGUAUUGUUAAAAAGUAUGCCGUUAAAAAUCAUGGCUAACCUUUCUGAAUGACACCAGGCAGUGAAAGACUUGCAAGACCUCCACAAUGCAGGUCCAAUUGUCUACAGUCCAGUUAGCAACUUCAGAAGAAAGUGUGCCCCUCCAGAAAUAUUGUAUGUCUAUAAUUCAUUUAUUUAUUUUCCUUUGGUGUACUAAAUCCUUAGAGUAGCCCUUGUUCACGUAUUUCUGGUGAAUCUCAGUUACACAAUAAAACAUAUUUCACACUAACUCUUCACUCUAGCUUCCCUGAGAGGUAUGAGCGCCCUAUGGUGCAGACAUGUGAAAAGUCAAGCUUGGUCAGGCUUGUCCUAAAAAGAAGAGGAAAACAACUUUUAAAUAUUUGUUGAAUGGAGGUCAGAAAAAUGAUUCCUGAAGCAUAGUGGGAAUUUGAGAAAUUUAAACACUUAUUGGCUGCUGUAAAACAGCUUUGAGGGGAUUUAUGGCUCAAGUUUAAAUGUUUGAUCUAAAACAGAUUGUUUACUGAACUUGCAUGCAGAUAUCUCUUUAUAGAGCCAAAUAAAUUGAUGUCAGAUUUCUGCUCAUGGGAACCAAGAUGUCACGGCAGCAUAUUUGCUUUUGCCUGCUUUUAUUCUCUGAAUGGACUUGUUCAGUAGGCUGAAAAAAGCAGAACAGUCAAAGCAAGUCUGACCCUGCAGAGUCUAUG